CCCAUCGUUCACAAAGAUGUCGUUGAAAGAGCUAUCCUCGCUAGAAAAGGCUUUAGGAUUGAAAAAGCCUAACAAAUACAGUACUCAGGGGGAUAAGAAGGUGAAUUUGCCAUCUAAUGGUUGCGGUUACAGUUAUCGAUAUGUGCUAAAUAAAAUAGAGCUUACCACAUGAACAGUAGCCUAGGUUAAAAAGAGUCGUGAGCACAUGCUAGCUACAAAGCUAGCUAGCUAGCUUGCUAAUGUUAGCAUGCCAGUAUACUUUCCAUAGAAAAGCAAGAUACUAGUUAGCUAGCUAGCUUUAGCUAGUUCUAUUUUAGCGAAGGCAGGUCACGUAGGAACAAAGAAGCUAUAACUUUACCCCAUAUAAGUUGUAGAGUAAAUGUGUAAUCAAUGUUUGAGCUAAACUGUGUUAUUAGCCAGCUGGCUUGGCUAACAUUGAAUGAAUCUGCUGCCUGUUUAUGCCAUGUGAUUGCAAUCUUAGGUUGCCAACGAUUUCUGGCUCUAACUAUAGCAAAAAUCAGUGGAGUGCUAUACUGACUCAACUGCCUUCAUUACAAUGUUAGAAACACAAGUCACAGGGUGUAGUCAAUGUGACUGCAUGUUUAAGCACUGAAAUACUGUAUCUUGUUGACAAGUCAUUACAAUACAGACACUGACAUUAUGUGUCCAUAAUUCCUAUCAAGCUAAAGCUAAAUGUACACAUUGACAUUCUCUCUCCCACCCAGGUGCCUGUCCUCCAGAGUGUUAAUGGGCCAGCUCUGGUUGGCUUGGUGACCAUCGCCACUCACCUGGUCCAGGAGGCCAAGCGGCCUGAGUUGCUGGGUGGGUCAGCAGAACACAAGGCUGUAGUGCAGCAGUGGCUGGAGUACAGAGUCACCAAAGUGGACGGAUGCCACAACGAAGAUAUCAAGACCAUACUAAAGGUAGAGACCCAGAAACAAUAGUAAAGAUUAUUCUCCAACGUUUUAUAACUUCAAAUCAUCCAGAAUUAGAAAGUCAAUUAAAAUAAAUAAAUAUCGAAGUACAUUUUAUUGUCCAAUGUAAAUGUGGACCCACUGUUUUUCUACCAUUGCUGUCAUAUGGGAUAGACCGGCUUGGUGAGCUGUGUACGGAGAGGGUCUAGAAUAGCAGAGCCUGGGAGAAGCCCCUGAGCCAAACUCGCCAACCCAUGCUCCACCAGCCGUGGCUAGACUGACAGAGUGUGUGACUCAUUAAGGCGCGGGGAUAUGAAUCUAGGCUGAUAUAUGGCCCUUCAGUGACAUGGCAGAGGUGGGCAAAGCCGUAGAUAAGAGCUAAGGGUGGGCACACACUUUACAAUAUAAGUCUUUAAUUGGGGGCCGCUGUCGACAGCGUGAAAGGGAUAUGAAGCCAUUGGUUGACUGGACAGGCGGCUCUCGGCACUGGCUGUCAGGGUGACGUGCCGCCUUGGCAUCACUGAGAAGUCCUACUGAUCCAGAAUGUGGACGUGAAUGUGGACUUUAAAAAAAUGUAAUGGUGCCACUUACAGAAGUUAGCCCUGAGCCCCACUCUGUGCCCCCACUGGCUGUUCACUAGAACUCUUAACAGCACACCAAUAAUCCCAGAAAUGAAAGGGGUCAAUGCGGGCCACAAUAGCAUACGUUUUUGUUUUUUUGCGCUUGUAAAUUCUACCGUGUCACUAGUUUGUGUUGAUUGUGCAGAAAAACAGCCAACAUUUUAGAUUUGAAUUCAAUAGUUACACUUUGGAAUCGAUUUCAUGGGCGGCUUUAGUCAUACCGUUGAUUUAGAAAACCUCAAGUCUUGGAAAAUAACAAGUUUGUCCUCAGGGGAGCUAAUGUUCUACCUUGUGCAAUAACUUAUUCUUCACUGGGACCAGAAAGUGCCCUUCCUUCACUAUGGUAGAAUAGUCAUGAUGUUAUAACCCACAACCUUGGGGUUGUAGUGAGGUCUAGAAUCCCCAGUGAGUGUAGAGAUAUCAGAAGGCUUGGACAGACUGUGGUUGGGGAUGGUGGAGGAGCAGAACCCAGGUUCUGAACUCCAUGUGGGGGUGGAGGGGGAGCAGUCUUCCGUAGCUGUAGGGAAGGCAGGGAUCUGAUUGUGGCGGAGGAGACUGCUGCCUUCAUGCCUUGCUUGGCAGCACAUUCCGGCUGAACAAUAACUCCAUUAGCCCUCAAGACGCUGUAUGUGCAGUACAAGUGCUAAAGAUGGUUCCGUCCCUUGGGACCUGCACAACCACACACACACAGCCCCUGUGUGCUUAGUCCAUCCAGUUUGUGGAAGGUUCAUUAGAUUUGCAGGCGCCCAAGUCAGUUGGGAGAGGAGUGGGCCACUUGUAAGGCAUCUGCGCUAGCCGGAGUGGCCAGAGUUUUGGGGAUGCCAUGCCACGGCAGGUAAAUACGUGUUCCCCCUCAGGUCGCCCAUUAUUCACAUACAGAUACAGCGCUCUCCACUCAUAUGUGCGCGUCACGCACUCCCAGAUAUAUAGGUUAAAUAGAUCUCAGGCCUGGGUUGGCUCCACCAGCCACCAUCUUAGUUUUCAACUAUUUUGACUGUUAAAGAUGUUUAUUUUGAUAUUUUGUCUCUUUAACUGUGGAUAUGUCAUUAUCACCCCAUUGCUGAAAGUUUGGUUAUUGUUUUUCCUCUUUAAAAUAAAUGUUCUAUAGUUGAUUAAAUUCCUUGGUCAACUUUUGAGACAUUUCUCAGAUUCAAAUGUCUAAUCUGGUUGUUAUGAUAAAAAAAAAAAAAUGCUUAGAUAAUGUCAAGAAUCACAUUGGAGUGAUUCUGACUGUGGUCCUCAAGACAAUUGUUUGUAGGCGUAUGUCUCCACAGUGCAUUCGGAAAGUAUUCAGACCCCUUGACUUUUUCCACAUUUUGUUACGUUACAGCCUUAUUCUAAAAUGGAUAAAAUAGUUUUUUUUUUUCCGUCAUCAAUCUACACACAAUACCCCAUAAUUACAAAGCAACAACUGGUUUUUAGAAAUGUUAGCAAAUUUAUAAAAAAUAAAGUGAACACACUUAAAUAAGUGUUCAGACCCUUUACUCAGUACUUUGUUGAAGAACCUUUGGCAGCGAUUACAGCCUUGAGUCUUCUUUGGUAUGACGCUACAAGCUUGGCACACCUGUAUUUGAAGAGUUUCUCCCAUUAUUCUCUGCAGAUACUCUCAAGCUCUGCCAGGUUGGAUGGGGAGCGUUUGAUCGGUUUCAAGUCCGGGCUCUGGCUGGGCCACUCAAGGACAUUCAGAGACUUGUCCCGAAGCCACUCCUGCGUUGUCUUGGCUGUGUGCUUAAAAUUUUUGUCCUGUUGGAAGGUGAACCUUCGCCCCAGUCUGAAGUCCUGAGCAGGUUUUCAUCAAGGAUCUCUCUGUACUCUUUGCUCCGUUAAUUUUUCCCUCGAUCCUGACUAGUCUCCCAGUCCCUGCCCCUAAAAAACAUUCCCACAUGACGCUGCCACCACCAUGCUUCACUGUAGGGAUGGUGCCAGGUUUCCUCCAGACGUGACGCUUGGCAUUCAGGCCAAAGAGUUCAAUCUUGGUUUCAUCAGACCAGAGAAUCUUGUUUCUCAUGGUCUCAGAGUCCUUUAGGUGCAGUUUGGCAAACUCCAAGCAGGCUGUCAUGUGCCUUUUACUGAGGAGUGGCUUCUGUCUGGCCACUCUACCAUAAAGGCCUGAUUGGUGGAGUGCUGCAGAGAUGGUUUUCCUUCUGGAAGGUUCUCCCAUCUCCACAGAGGAACUUCGGAGCUCUGUCAGUGGCCAUCGGGUUCUUGGUCACCUCCCUGACCAAGGACCUUCUCCCCCGAUUGCUCAGUUUGGCCAGGCGGCCAGCUCUAGGAAGAGUCUUGGUGGUUCCAAACUUAUUCCAUUUAAGAAUGAUGGAGGCUACUGUGUUCUUGGGGACCUUCAAUGCUGCAGACAUUUUUUGGUACCCUUCCCCAGAUCUGUGCCUCGACACAAUCCUGUCUCGGAGCUCUACGGACAAUUCCUUCGACCUCAUGGCUUGGUUUUUGCUCUGACAUGCACUGUCAACUGUGGGACCUUAUAUAGACAGGUGUGUCCCUUUCCAAAUCAUGUCCAAUCAAUUGAAUUGACCACAGGUGGACUCCAAUCAAGUUGUAGAAACAUCUCAAGGAUGAUCAAUGGAAACAGGAUGCACCUAAGCUCAAUUUCGAAUACUUAUGUGAAUAGGUUUUAUUUUUGCUAAAAUGUCUAAAAACCAGUUUCCGCAUUGCCAUUAUGUGUGUAGAUUGAUGAGGAAAAAAACUAAUUUAAUAAAUUUUAGAAUAAGGCUGUAACGUAACAAAAAUGUGGAAAAGGGAAGGGGUCUGAAUACUUUCCGACUGCACUGAGGAUCUGUGAAAUUCUGUCAAAUAUGCAAUUCUAAUUAACCUAAUGAUCCACCAAAAGUAAUUUACUUUUAUUUUUUUCCUCAUGCAGGACCUCAACAGUUAUCUAGAAGACAAGGUUUACCUGGCAGGAAAUCAGUUCACCCUAGCCGACACACUCAUGUACUACGGAAUUCAUCACGUCAUCGUAAGUCUGUCAAACGGAGCUCACAAUUAAAAGAGUCAUAUGGUUAAAGGGCAUGAAAAAGGAAACUUGACACAAGCAGAAAAGAUGAGGCGCAAAAUGAUGUCUUUAGCCCAGGCCAAGGAAGAAGUUUGUUGGCCCCUGGAGGCUGACAGAGAGAAACUGGAUCACAUGUUGAGAAAUGUCAGCGGUUGUGGCGGAGAUGGAUCGUUGCCACCAGGCACAAGGGAGUCAGUUUAGUUUUUUAUCACAGCGGUUAACCUCAGGACAGAGGUCAGUCAGCAGCCCAGUUCCUCAUUCUAUUUGUUUGAAGUUCAGUUCAGGGGGGGACUAUCAUAGCUAUCGAACCCAACUGGCAUGAUUUUAGACUCUAUUUCAGGUACAGUAGAGCUAUGUUAGACCAGGCUUGGGCAGCCUCACAACGAACCUGAAACAGGAUUGUCUAAUAUGUUCACAUUAUUAUGGUGUCUCUUCAGCUAGCAAUUACAGUUGAAGUCAGAAGUUUACAUACACCUUAGCCAAAUACAUUAAAACUCAGUUUUUCACAAUUCCUGACAUUUAAUCCUAGUAAAAAUUCCCUGUCUUAGGUCAGUUAGGAUCACCACUUUAUUUUAAGAAUGUGAAAUGUCAAUAAUAGUAGAGUGAUUUAUUUCAGCUUUUAUUUAUUUCAUCACAUUCCCAGUGGGUCAGAAGUUUACUUACACUCAAUUAGUAUUUGGUAGCAUUGCCUUUAAAUUGUUUAACUUGGGUCAAACGUUUCGGGUAGCCUUCCACAAGCUUCCCACAAUAAGUUGGGUGAAUUUUGGCCCAUUCCUCCUGACAGAGCUGGUGUAACUGAGUCAGGUUUGUAGGCAUCCUUGCUCGCACACUCUUUUUCAGUUCUGCCCACAAAUGUUCUAUAGGAUUGAGGUCAGGGCUUUGUGAUGGCUACUCCAAUACCUUGACUUUGUUGUCCUUAAGCCAUUUUGCCACAACUUUGGAAGUAUGCUUGGGGUCAUUGUCCAUUUGGAAGACCCAUUUGCGACCAAGCUUUAACUUCCUGACUGAUGUCUUGAGAUGUUGCUUCAAUAUAUCCACAUAAUUUUCCUUCCUCAUGAUGCCAUCUAUUUUGUGAAGUGCACCAGUCCCUCCUGCAGCAAAGCACCCCCACAGCAUGAUGCUGCCACCCCUGUGCUUCACGGUUGGGAUGGUGUUCUUCGGCUUGCAAGCACCCCCUUUUUCCUCCAAACAUAAUGAUGGUCAUUAUGGCCAAACAUUUCUAUUUUUGUUUCAUCAGACCAGAGGACAUUUCUCCAAAAAGUACGAUCUUUGUCCCCAUGUGCAGUUGCAAACCGUAGUCUGGCUUUUUUAUGGCGGUUUUGGAGCAGUGGCUUCUUCCUUGCUGAGCGGCCUUUCAGGUUAUGUCGAUAUAGGACUCGUUUUACUGUGGUAUAGAUACUUUUGUACCUGUUUCCUCCAGCAUCUUCACAAGGUCCUUUGCUGUUGUUCUGGGAUUGAUUUGCAUUUUUCACACCAAAGUACAUUAAUCUCUAGGAGACCGAACACGUCUCCUUCCUGAGUGGUAUGACGGCUGCAUGGUCCCAUGGUGUUUAUACUUGCAUACUAUUGUUUGUACAGAUAAACGUGGUACCUUCAGGCGUUUGGAAAUUGCUCCCAAGGAUGAACCAGACUUGUGAAUGUCUAGUUUUUUUUUCUGUGGUCUUGGCUGAUUUCUUUUGAUUUUCCCAUGAUGUCAAGCAAAGAGGCACUGAGUUUGAAGGUAGGCCUUGAAAUACAUCCACAGGUACACCUCCAAUUGACUCAAAUGAUGUUAAUUAGCCUAUCAGAAGCUUCUAAGGCCAUGACAUAAUUUUCUGGAAUUUUCCAAGCUGUUUAAAGGCACAGUCAACUUAGUGUAUGUAAACUUCUGAGCCACUGGAAUUGUGAUACAGUGAAUUAUAAGUGAAAUAAUCUGUCUGUAAACAAUUGUUGGAAAAAUUACUUGUGUCAUGCACAAAGUAGAUGUCCUAACCGUCUUGCCAAAACUAUAGUUUGUUAACAAGAAAUUUGUGGAGUGGUUGAAAAACGAGUUUUAAUGACUCCAACCUAAGUGUAUGUAAACUCCCGACUUCAACUGUACACUUGUUUUACAUUUACUUUUACAUUUUAGUCAUUUAGCAGACGCUCUUAUCCAGAGCGACUUACAGUUAGUGAAUACAUAUAUAUAUAUUUUUUAUACUGGCCCCCCGUGGGAAUCGAACCCACAACCCUGGCAUUGCAAACGCCAUGCUCUAUCAACUGAGCUACAUCCCUGCCGGCCAUUCCCUCCCCUACCCUGGACGACGCUGGGCCAAUUGUGCGCCGCCCAUGAGUCUCCCGGUCGCGGCCGGCUGCGACAGAGCCUGGAUUCGAACCAGGAUCUCUAGUGGCACAGUUAGCACUGCGAUGCAGUGCCUUAGACCACUGCGCCACUCAGGAGACUGUGGGGGAAAAAAUGUGACUUAAGUUACAAGUAGAGUUGCUUCAUUAGUUUUGGUACUAGCUAGUUAUAGCCAGAAAGAUGCAUUUGCUAAAUAUAAAUGGAGAUUCAUAACAUUGCUAGACAUUUUAUUUUCCCGCCUGCCUUGUAAUGUGACAGUAGUGUCAUUCUCAACCUUAAACAAUGUCAGAUUUGUAUAGUAUGGAUCAUCAGUGAUAAAAAUGAAUGACCCCCUGUCUCUCCUAGGUGGACCUGGCCGUCCAGGAGAAGGAGAAGUACAUGAACAUGACGAGGUGGUUCAAUCACGUCCAGCACUACCCCGGCAUCCGGCACCACCUGCCCCCCGUGGUGGUCCUGAGGAACAGAGUCUACACCAGCGGCCACCACUGACGUCUCCUGUCCCCUGUCAGGGUGCACUGCUGGCUGCCAGGAUGGCCCAGGGCGGACUUGGGGGGUACACAGGGUGGUGCUGACAUCUCAUCAUCCCCACCUACCCAACACUACGGUCCCUCCCUCGCCUUCGAGACGUUUGAUGUCUUUUUGUUGUUGUUCGGAGUCUCUGUUUUUUUUAUGACUGCAGAUGCUGUCAGUGUCAAGGUGUAGGGAUAUUCUAGCGCUGCUUUCUGAAACUGGCUCCCUGAGAGCAUUCUUGCUGAUGAAUGGCAGUAGGGUUUGCUGAUACCUGUCAGCAACUCUUGUCUUUUCACUUAAAGGGAUAGUUCACCCAAAUUACAAAAUGACAUUGGUUUCCGUACAGCAAUCCAUCG